UGAUAGUAUAAGCCUGCAGUUCUCAUCUGAUCUCCAUUUCUGCAAAACAUGGCAAAUUCUUGUAUUUCUGGGUUGUUUUUGUUCUUUGCUCUCUUGGCCAGCCAUGGAAUUGUGGAACUUGAAGCUUCCCACCAUGUUUAUAGGAACCUUGAAACAGUUCAAUCUGCAAAUCAACAUUACAGAACCAGCUAUCAUUUUCAACCUCCCAAAAACUGGAUAAAUGAUCCUAAUGGGGUUAUGGUUUACAAGGGACUUUAUCAUCUUUUUUACCAAUACAAUCCAAAAGGUGCAGUGUGGGGCAACAUUGUGUGGGCUCAUUCCACAUCAAAAGAUCUUGUGAAUUGGACCCCUCAUGAAUCAGCUAUCUUCCCUUCCCAGCCAGGUGACAUUAAUGGCUGCUGGUCUGGUUCUGCCACCAUCCUCCCUGGUGGCAAACCAGCCAUGCUUUACACCGGCAUCGACCCGGAAAACAACCAAGUCCAGAAUCUCGCCGUGCCGCGGAAUUUAUCCGAUCCGUUCCUCCGACAAUGGGUGAAGUCGCCCAAGAACCCUUUGGUGCAACCAAAUGCACAGAACAAGAUCAACGCCAGCUCGUUUAGAGAUCCCACAACUGCUUGGCUAGGCCCUGAUAAGAAGUGGAGGGUACUCAUAGGAAGCAAGGUCCAUCGCCAGGGCAUGGCUAUCCUUUUCAAGAGCAAAGAUUUUGUGAAUUGGGUUCAAGCCCCUGCCCCUUUGCAUUCGGCUCAAGACACUGGGAUGUGGGAAUGCCCUGACUUUUACCCUGUUCCACUCCGUGGCCAAAAUGGCGUCGACACCUCUGUUAAUGUUCCGUCCGUCAAGCACGUUCUUAAAGUCAGCUUGGACGAUACGAAGCACGAUUUGUACACGAUCGGGUCGUAUGACAGUUCGAGGGAUGUCUAUGUACCGGACAAGGGAUCGGUCGAGAAUGAUUCGGGGUUGAGAUAUGAUUAUGGAAAAUAUUACGCUUCCAAGACAUUCCUAGACAGUAUCAAAGACAGGAGAAUAUUAUGUGGUUGGUUGAAUGAAUCAUCGAGCGUCGCUGAUGAUAUCAAGAAAGGAUGGGCUGGAGUUCAUGCAAUUCCUAGGCAAGUUUGGCUGGACAAAUCUGGAAAACAAUUGAUACAAUGGCCGGUUGUGGAAAUAGAGAUGCUACGUGCUAAUCACGUAAGCUUGCCUACCAAAUUGCUCAAGGGAGGAUCGGUUGUUGAAGUUUCUGGUGUUACUGCUUCACAGGCAGAUGUAGACAUUUCAUUUGAGAUACCUAACAUUGACAAAGCUGAAGCGGUGAACCCAAGCUGGACCAACCCUCAGGUCCUAUGCAGCCAACAGGGUGCGUCGGUCAAAGGCGGUGUGGGUCCAUUUGGGCUGCUGGUUUUAGCAUCAAAGGGCUUAAGUGAGAACACUGCAGUGUUUUUCAGAAUAUUCAAAGGUCAAAACAAAUACGUGGUGCUAAUGUGCAGUGACCAAAGCAGAUCAUCCCUAAACCAAAACAACGACAAGACUACAUAUGGGGCUUUCCUGGAUGUGGACCCUCGUCAUCAAAGCCUGUCAUUGAGGACUUUGAUAGAUCAUUCGAUAGUGGAGAGCUUUGGUGGAGGUGGCAAAGCUUGCAUCUCAGCUAGAGUUUAUCCCACACUGGCAAUUAACGCCGCCGCCCAUAUGUACGUUUUCAACAAUGGAAGUGAAGCAGUUAAGAUUGAAAAGUUGAAUGCUUGGAGCAUGAAGAAGGCCAAAAUCAAUUGAAGUUAUUACUUUAC